UUAUUGUUCUGGCAUCGGCGUCACCAGCGACAUACAUCUGGCAACACUCGCACAGCUGAUCGGGUGCGCUCUCGGAGACGACCCUGAGCGAUGGCGCUGUUCAGGUUAUUUUAUCAGAGUGGUGUGCAAGGGGUUCGCUCGUACAGCACAGGAACCCUGAACGAUGUCGUCAUUGUCAGUGCAGUUCGUACACCCAUGGGUUCAUUCAGAUCAGCACUAUCAUCGCUUGGGGCGCCAGCGCUUGGAACAGUUGCUAUUAAAGCUGCGGUAGAGCGAGCAGGAGUGGAUCCCAAGGCUGUCCAGGAGGUGUACAUGGGCAAUGUAUGCCAAGCUGGGGCAAAGCAGGCACCCACUCGACAAGCUGCGCUCUUUGCAGGGCUCGACAAGGGCACUCCCUGUACCACUGUCAACAAGGUGUGUGCCUCAGGAAUGAAGUCCAUAAUGAUGGCAUCACAGUCUCUCAUGUGUGGGUCACAGGAAGUCAUGGUGGCUGGUGGUAUGGAGAGCAUGUCAAAUGUCCCAUAUUACAUGAUGCGAGGUGAUUCGCCCUAUGGAGGAGUCAAGCUUCAUGAUGGCAUUGUGUAUGAUGGCCUCACAGAUGUCUAUAACAAAUUCCACAUGGGCAACUGUGGGGAGAACACGGCUAAGAAGCUAAACAUUACACGUGAUGAACAGGAUGAGUAUGGUAUGCUGAGCUACAAACGAUCUGCUGAAGCAUGGGCAAGUGGAGCCAUCAGAGAUGAGUUGGUGGAGGUCACUAUCCCAGGCAAACGUGGGAAACCUGAUAUUGUUUUCAAAGAAGAUGAAGAGUAUAAAAAGGUCAACUUUGAUAAGUUUAAGAAACUUGCUACUGUUUUCCAGCGUGAAGGAGGCACAGUCACUGCAGGAAAUGCAUCCACUCUAAAUGAUGGAGCAGCUGCAUGUCUACUAAUGACUGCCAAAGCUGCAGCUCAACAUGGUGUGAAGCCUCUUGCCCGAGUUGUAGGAUUCUGUGAUGCUGCCACUGAUCCUAUUGACUUCCCAAUUGCCCCAGCCCUUGCAACACCAAAGCUGCUUGAAAUGACUGGUGUGAAAUCAGAUGAUGUUGCAAUGUGGGAAGUCAAUGAAGCUUUCUCUGUGGUAGUUUUGGCCAACAUCAAAUUGUGUGACCUUGACCCAUCUAAAGUCAAUAUCCAUGGAGGGGCAGUCUCAUUAGGUCAUCCCAUUGGCAUGUCUGGAGCUCGUAUCGUUGUUCACCUGGCACAUGCUCUGAAGCCAGGCCAGAAAGGUGUUGCUUCAAUUUGUAAUGGUGGAGGAGGAGCUUCUGCCAUCAUGAUUGAAAAGCUGCACCAUCCCAAAACCUCAAGUAAGCCAACUGUGACCCUCUUUACGAAGAACCCUUGUCCACUUUGUGAAGUUGCACUUGAGGUUUUAGAACCACUGAGAGACCAGUUUAAACUUGUUGAGGUGGAUAUAACUGCACCAGACAAUGAAAAAUGGUUUAAUUUGUAUAAGUAUGAAAUCCCAGUGUUUCACUUUGAAGGCCAGUUCUUGAUGAAACACAGAGCAGAUUUUAAUUUGUUACAUCAAAAAAUCAUUGAAUUUCAAGAAAGUUAACACUCGUUUUGGUAUACUUUUCUCAUUAAGAUUUUCUUUCUUUAGACUAAGUACUUGACAAAAAGGUAUUGCACGUCAUAACCUUGAACAGAAAAUAAUUAUUUUUGUGUAUAAAUAAAUAAAUAUAUAUAUUUGUUACUUUAGGAAUGCAUAAUAAGUUUAUUUUUGUCUGAUAAUCAACAAACACAAAAUUGGUUAGGAAGUUCCUGUAGCACUGGAAAUAUUUACCAUUUAACAAUUCUUAUAUCAGUUAGUUUGUAAAGAUGUAUAAUUCAUGAAUAAAUAUCACCAAAGUGU